CAAUCAUAAAGAAGAAACAAAAACUACGACGACAACUUUUUUUUGGCCUUGGUUAAAAAAUUUUCAUAAGUGAACACAGAAGAAGCGGUGGCUCUGAGCCGGCGAAAUCUCCUUUCUCAUCCCUAAAAUUUUCAUGUCCAUCUUGCCUCCUCCGAUUAUCCAAGGUCACAAUUCGUCUUCUCCUUCUUCAGAUUCCUCUCUAAACCCUAGCUCUGAGCAUGGCAACAACUCUUCUUCUUCUCUCUCUCCUCUUCCCUCCUCUCCUCCUUCCCGGAUCUCUUCUUCCACCGGAACUCGAUUCUCCGGACAUUCUGAAUCCUCUCACAAUUUCUCCGGUGGCUCUAGGGAACCGAGUGUUGCAGCUGAGGAGGGACAUAGCCGUGGAUCUUCCAAAGAGAUGACACAAAAUGGAGCAGGGAAGGAGAGUUUUUCCCCACCUAAUGCAGAUAAGCGUGACCAUUUUCGAUAUGAUGGUCGAAGGAAUAGGUCUAGAGGGAGAGGUACUGGAGCUGCUGGUUCUUCUUCUUCUCAAUUGCAGCAUAAUUCCGGACCUUUUAAUUCUCCUAGAGGCGGUGUUUCGCAUCAUAAUCCAACUGGUAGAAGAGCUAAUAUGAUAAGUGGGAAUCAUUUACUGAAUUUUCAGUAUGAUCCGAUUUCGCAACCGCAAUCUAGGGGUCCUCCUCCGCCUCAAAGAAGGCAACAAUAUAAGGGGAGGCCUUUUAACAAGGAUUUGUUUCUUAAGGCCAAUUAUAAGUUUGUUGUGUUGGACACUGGAGAUCAUUCUCCUGAUUCAAUGGAUCCUGAUAAAAUGCUGCAGUGGGAUGAUAUUAUUUGUGUAAGGUAUUCUACUCCGUCUCCUGUCCAGUGUCCGAUUUGCUUGGAGUAUCCUCUAUGUCCGCAGAUUACUUCCUGUGGGCAUAUUUUCUGUUUCCCGUGUAUUCUACAGUACCUGUUGACUGGUGUUGAUAACCACAAGGUGGACUGCUUCAAGAGGUGUCCUUUGUGCUUUGUGAUGAUUUCUCCAAGAGAGUUAUACACUGUUUAUAUUGAGAACGUCAAGCAGUAUUCUGUUGGAGAUCCCAUCGAGUUUGUACUUUUGACUCGCAAGAAAGAUUCUUUUGCUCCUACCCGGAAAAAUGAGCAUGACUUGGCUGUUCCUAAUGGUGAAAAUGAGAUAUAUGAUCCGUUCUCAAAGUUCACUUUCACCCAAGAUGUUGAUCUCUCUGUCAGACAAGCAGUUUCAGAGUUAGACAGUUGGAUUGCAAGAGCAGAUCCUCAGCUCGUUGAAGACUUGGAGAAGCAUCUUUAUGUAAAUGCCGCUUUAGAGCGUUUGGAGCAGAGAAAAUUGUACUGGAAUGAGCAUAAGCUCUCUAUUUACAGCAAAGUGUGCACAACGGCUAGAAAUCAGACUCAAUCAUUGUCACCUCCUGAUGUUUCUCGAGUUGGUUAUCAAGCACCCAUGGGGGGCCAUGGAGCGCCAGAUAGCGGCUCCAAUGAUCAAGAUAAAUCAACUGAAGAUUCUUCAGCGGAUAAGUCAGAUGGAGAAUCUCAAUCAAGUUUGGAAAAGGGUUGUGAUAAUGAUCUUGGUCAUCCUCUAGAAGAUCAAGACGCACCGUCAUCUUCCUCAUGCAAUGGAAGUAAAGGUUUCCUGUCUCACCAAAUUGACACCAAAGACCUGAAGGACAACGACGCGUACAACUUUUAUCAGUCUGUUGAUGGUCAGCACAUUAUCCUUCACACUUUGAAUGUGAAGUGCCUUCUGCAUCACUAUGGAAGCUAUGACUUUCUUCCACCAAGAUUGAGUGGAAAGAUACUGGAAAUGGAAACCAUUACCCAAUCAGAAGCGAUAAGGAGACGCUACCGCUUUUUAAGUCAUUUUUCUUUAUCAACUACACUUCAGGUAUAUUUUCUCUUUGUUGCUCCUAUCUUCUGCAUGUGUUGCUAUAUCUUGACAUUUUCUCAUGAGGUUAUCCUUGGUUUGGUAAUCUUUUCAGAUAUGUGAGAUUGAUAUGAAGGAAUCCUUGCCUCCUGAUGCAUUUGCUCCAUUUAUACAUGAAAUUAAGAAGCGUGAGAAGCAGCGGAAAGAACGUGCUUGGAAGGUAUUCUCGUUCUAACCAUAAAACACAACCCCACGGUCUACUUCAUCUAAUAUCUUUCAGAUUCCAACUCCUAUUGGCUUUGUUUGCUUUGUGUCUUAUUCUCCUAUGUAUUCCUUUGUUUAAGGAAAAAUCAGGACUUAAGAUCAUAUGAUGUUCAUAUUUCAGGAUCGAAAAAAUAAAAUCAAAGCUGAAGUAGCUGCAGCUGCAGAGCUUGUACCAUUGAUGGCCAGUUUUGGGCAGUCGUCUUCUAGUGAUGACUUUCCCCCAUUUUCCUUGGAUGACUUUGAAGCUCUGGGAAACUCUGCCCCAAUAUCAUCAAGCCCUCCAAACAUUGGAGAGAGAAGUUCCUUCUCACAUGUGACAAGGCUCGGUUUCGCAGCUGGUCACGACUCCCCAAACCUGAAUAACGAGCCAACAAACGUUCAAAGCAGCAGCAGCAGCAGUGAAGUCUCAAACGCAACCACAGGUAACCACUGUUUUUAGCUCUGCAAAUUCUAAAUAGGAUUCUCGGAUGACCUCUAAACAUGGUUUCAGGUGCAAGAAACACAAACAUAACAUCCUUUGCGAGUGUAGCUUCAAGAACAACAACACCAAUGGCACCAACCGUCAAAGAGCCCGGUAAGAGAGGGAAGAAACAGAGCCGAGUACUUCUAUCGACAACUAGUGUACGCCGUUACUGAAAAGGCCUAUGGAUUUGUGUAUGUAUAAUAAUCUUUUCAUCUAAGAAAAACUGAGUAAAGAAAGAACCAGAGAUUAUGGUGAGUGAGUAAGUGUAAAACUCAAACUUGGGCUUUGUUUCUUUUUGCAACCCAUGUGACUGAUAAUGAAGGUGUCUCUCAUUACUACUAGUCUACUAUGCCAUUUAGGACAAUUAUUGAGACUCAAUCAUAUGAUCCUCUUGACUCAGAGAACUAGAAAAAAAAAGAUUGGAUAAAAUUUCUUCCAAGAGUGAUUUUC